CUUCUUCAUCUCCUCUUCUGAGUCUGACACUUUAUAAGAAACUGAGACUCCAAAUCUUCUCAUUUUUGCUGCUUCCCUUUGUUCUCUGUACUUAUCUCUGAAAUCCAGUUGCAAGAAACUAAAUCCAUGGAGGGGAAGGAGAUCACCGUCACUGUCUCCAGCUCUACGGCUAACAGGGAGACUGAGUCUCCGCUUAGCCAACCACUGCCUAUCGCGGUAGUAGUUCCUCAGGAGAAGGGGAAGAAGAAGAGAGGGAGGCCCAGGAUGUAUGGUACAGAAGGGAGCCUAGCAGGGGCUGCCUCUAGAGGGCCGCCAGCUCCGCUAGCGUCUGGUUCUGGGAAUCAGCAAUUGAUUCCCCAUUUUGGUCCAGAAGAGAGCACAUCUGCUUCUGAAUUCUCUCCGAAGCAGAUUAGAGGGCCGCGGCCACGGAAUCCUGGCGAUCGGAAACCGACUCCCCCUUUAACUGAAUUGGUUGCAGAUGUAGAACGAAGAGACUUCACGCCGCACGUGCUUACUAUACAUGUAGGGGAGAAUGUCGCGGCAAAGUUAAUUUCACUUAUGGGUCCUCGAUCUGUUUGCAUUAUCUCUGCAAAUGGAUUUGUUUCUAAUGUUACUAUCCAUCAGCCUCGCUCCACUGGCGGUAUUUUGACAUUUGAGAUAUCUAAGAGGAAAUUAUCCCUUGCAUGCAUCAUCUGGUAUCAGAGCCUGGCUUCAAUAGUCUCGUAUUUACCCGUAGUGUAAGGAAAAGUUCAAGAGAAGAACGGCUUGCUCUAUCCGGAACCUUAAGCUAUUUAGAUUGGAGGGUUUAUAAGUACUGAGUACAAAUUUGCCACCCAUAGAGGCAACUUGGGAAUACCUUGCCGCUGUAUGCUAGCAAUGUCUUACAUUCCGCCUUGUGGAUAAGGCGACUUUCAAAUGGAAGAGAAUGUUAUGUGUUUAUUAUGAUAAAUGGGGUCAUGCAUGUAAUAAAAUGGGAGUCCUA